AAUUAAAACGUUCUGCGGAUAACUGUUCAAUGUUCAUCUUCAUCAGCUCAGCUGUCAACAAUUUACGAGCAAAGUCGAGCACGUCAUCAGCUUAAUAUUCUGUUGGAUUUUUGAAUGAAGAAUUUUUUUUUCCCUUAUUAAGGAGCUUCUGACACAAUUUUGAAGAUUGGAUUUUGCUUGAGAUGAUCUAGAAGAAAUCAAGAAAACUUGUGAUAAAGUUAGUAGACAAUCAAAAAUUUUUGAAUUUUUUUCUCAGCAAAUCAAUUACAGAAAAAAAAUAAGAAUAUGCACAUGAAGAAAAUUUUAAAAAUUGUAGGCGCGAAUUUUUAAAAAUAUUUUUUUCUUAUAAUUUAUAAUUUUUAAUAAAAUUAUUAAACGUCAGCUAACUUCAGAGGUAAAAUUUUGAAAUGCAUGUCAUUUUCAUGCCACCCACCAGGUGGCUUAUUCAGUUCGAGUUUUCGACCACGUGAGCCAGUAAAAAACAAAUAAAAAGUAUCAUCUGAUUAUUAAAAAACUUUUUUGUAUAAAAUAUAAAAGCUGGGUAAUAUUGUAAGUGUGUUUAAUGUUAGAUAAAUAUAAUGGCUUAUGGUCGUGAAGCUGUUUUGAAGCUUUACCGUAAUUUGAUUCGUGAAAGUAAAAAAUGGAGUUCCUACAACUACCGUGAAUAUGCUCUCAGAAAAGUAAGAGACGAGUUCCGAGAAAAUAAAACCCUGCAAGAUAAUAAUUUGAUACGAGACUGUUACAAUAAAGGCCUUGAGAAUUUGGAAAUUAUUAAAAGACAAGUGAUUCUGAGUAAUUUGUACGGCACGAGGCCUCUGGUUAUUGAAAAUAAACACCUGGGCAAAGACAAAGUGCACCCUAGUGCUAAAUAAUUGUCAAGUUUUUUGUU